CGUUGACAUUUCUGAAGAUAUGGCGGGAAUGAAUCACAUGAGCUCUUGUUGAUACUUGUAGGACGAAAAUAGCCUUUGUUUGUAUGUUAUAGCUGACUCAGCAAAGACUUCCAGUAUUAAAGUAACGUUUGCAUUUUGAAGAUCAGUGCAGCUUUUGGACAACACUACGUUUACUAUGCCCCCUAGACGCAGAAAGGCAGCAAGUGCAGCGGAUACUGCAACAGAAGCUAAGAAACCAAAGACUGAGUUGGUGUUGUCAUGGGAAUGGGAAGGUGAUGCGGGAAAAUGGACUGCUUAUGAUGAAGAUCAAAUCAAAGAAAUUAAUGACACCUUUGAUGAAGAUAAAAAUAAAAUUGAAUUUAUUGUGGGUCCUACCAAAUUCAAUGUUUUGUUGGAUAAAAUGGUUCAGAAAAAUGCAAAAACAGGCUGGGAAAGACGGUUAAGAUGUCUUAUUAAAGAUGACAAUGAUUAUUUUGUGUGGCAAUGGCAAGAUGAAAAAAAUAAGUGGAACCCGUAUAAUGUAAAGAAUACAGUUGUCAUAGAAGCCAGUCAUAAGGCAGGAAGUGAUAAUGUUGGUAUUGAGGCACUCCGCAGAACAUACACAAUUGAUCUUAAAAAAAUGGAACAAAUAAAUGAUGAUACUGAUGUAACAAGAAAAAUUGAAAGAUUACAAGUUGAUCAUAAACCUCUAAAGACUGUUGCAGCAGCAAAGGCAAGUACAGCUAAAGUGAAAUCUGAGGCUCCAGUUAAGAAAUCAAAAAACAAAGUCAAAGAAGAGGAUACUGGGAAUGAUGUGAAAUCAUCAACGUCAAAAUCAAGUAUGAAGACUGUCAUAGUGAAAGGCAAAGCACCUGUAGACUCAGAAUGCGAACAGAAGAUAGGGGUUGCACAUGUAUAUUGGGAAGGCAAUGAUAUCUAUAAUACCAUGCUUAACCAGACAAAUUUAAUGAACAAUAACAACAAAUAUUAUCUCAUACAGUUACUUGAAGAUGAUAAUAAACCAAACUAUAGUGUGUGGAUGAGAUGGGGGAGAGUUGGUAAACAUGGCCAGACGAGUUUAUUUCCUUGUGGUUCUAAUCUGGACGAAGCAAAGAAGAUAUUUAUGAAGAAAUUUCGGGAUAAGACUUUAAAUGACUGGUAUAAUAGAAAGAAGUUUGUGAAAGUGCAAGGAAAAUAUGAUAUGUUGGAAAUGGACUACAGUGCUAAGGAUGCAAACGAAACUGAAACUGAUUCAAAGAAGAAAAUAAAGAAAGAAGACAUUCCUGUACCUGAUUCAAAACUUGAUAAACGUGUGCAGGAUCUGAUUGAGCUAAUAUGCAAUGUCAAAGCCAUGGAGGAUAUGGUGAUUGAAAUGAAAUACGACGCCAAGAAGGCACCACUUGGUAAACUAACAGAAGAACAAAUUAAUGCUGGUUAUAGUGCUUUGAAAGAAAUAGAGUAUUGUAUCAACAAUAAUGUAAUUGGAAAUCGACUCAUUCAAGCUUGUGAUGCGUACUAUACUCGGGUUCCUCAUGAUUUCGGAAUGAAGAGGCCACCAAUUAUAAGAACAGUAGUGGAAUUACAGCGAGAGAUUGAUUUGAUAGAGGCUUUAGGAGAUAUUCAGAUUGCUAUGACCAUAAUAAAGAAAGAAUCUAAUGAAUUAGAAAACCCUGUAGAUAGACAUUAUAAAUCACUGAAGUGUAACUUGGAACCAUUAGACAAGAAAGAUUCUGUCUUCAAGCUUAUUAAUGAUUAUGUACAGAACACACAUGCAAUAACUCAUAAUCAGUACAAAAUGGAAGUACUUGAUGUUUUUGAAAUGGAGAAGGAAGGAGAAAAGGAGCAAUUCAAAGAUUUAGGUAACAGGAUGUUGCUUUGGCAUGGAUCUCGUCUCACUAAUUAUGUUGGUAUUUUAAGUAAAGGAUUGCGUAUUGCUCCACCAGAAGCACCAGUCACUGGUUAUAUGUUUGGGAAAGGAAUUUACUUUGCUGAUAUGUCAUCAAAAUCUGCCAAUUACUGUUUUGCUACAAAAUCCAACAAUGUAGGAUUCUGCCUUCUGUGUGAAGUAUCACUGGGAAAACCAAAUGAAUUACUAAGUGCUGAUUACAAUGCAGCUAAAUUACCAGCUGGUACUCACAGUGUACAUGGGCUUGGAAUGAUGGCACCAGAUCCAACUAAAAAACACACAAUGUCUGAUGGUACUGUGGUCCCAAUAGGUAAAGGAAAGAAGACUGGUGUCGCUAAUAAACAAGGAUAUACACUAAAUUACAAUGAAUUUAUUGUCUACAAUACUAAUCAAGUUAAAAUGAGAUAUUUAGUGAAAGUCAAAUUUCAUUUUAAAUAAAUGAAAAUGUUCCAUACAAAUAAAUAAAUUCCACGAGGCGGGGGACAUAA